UCCACAUUCAUGUCCGUGAUUGACGAGACGAUGCACAUGCAUGUUACCGCUGCGAUGCGAUGCGAUGCGAUGUCGUUGCGAUGCGUCGAGUUUGUGUUGCGAUUGCGAUUGCGAUUGCGAUUGCGAUUGCGAUUGCGCUCGAGCCCACCUGAAAGCAGCGAAUGCCGAACGCUUCAUUGCUUUCCUUUAAAUUGGGGGGUUUGACCAAUCCAAAAAAAACCCUUUUUUCAUUCCCACGGGCGCGUAAACAAAAAAGCCAGCCAGCGAGCGCGCCCCCCCUCUCUCUCUCCGCGAAAUCAUGCCGACAUCGUACCUGGUAGCAGGAGCCUCUCGGGGCAUCGGCCUGGAAUUCAUUCGACAAUUGGCGCGGCAGCAGCAGGAGGAGGAUGAUGACGUGGUGGUGUAUGGCACUGUGCGCAACCUCGAAAAGGCGCCGGCCAGCUUGACGAACGGGUCGUCGUCGCAAGAGGCUGAGCUGAGAAGGGUAAAGUGGUUGCAGUUGGACACCAACGAGCAGAGCCAGGUGGACGAGGCGGCCAGGCAAGUGGAUGAGCUUGACGUUCUGAUCGUCAAUGCGGCCAUCGGCGGGGAAGAUUUGGAUCUGAUGGACACGAACCCAUCGCUGCUCUCGCAGUACCUCCAGAACAACGUCGUAGGUCCUCAUCGCAUCAUCCUCGCCUUUCUAGAUGCGCUGCGAAAGGGCAAGCAAAAAAAAAUCAUCCUCAUCAGCUCUCGCAGCGGUAGUAUGGAUAUGCAAGCCAAAUCGCAGCAGAAGCAUGGAAGCGCAGGUCCUUAUUCGGUGACCAAAGCGGCCAUCAACAUGUGCGCCAUCCAGCUUGCGCGCGAACUCAAACCCCAAGGCUUCAUCGUCAAUCCCCUCUCUCCCGGUUGGGUGAGCACGGAUAUGGGCAACAAGAUUGUCAACGAUAAGGCCAUGCCCGUAGAGCAGAGCGUGGGCGGCAUGCUCAACGUCAUUCGGUCCCUCACCUUGGAAAAGAGCGCCACCUUUUACCACUACGACGGCAGCGUCGUUCCUUGGUGAUGCGCGCGUGCGCGACAGAUAUCGAUCAAGGUGGAAUCACGCAUACAGCAUGGUAAUCCCGGUCGAUGAUGCUAUGGAUGCAAUCUGGCAAAUCGUCUAUACGUGCGUGCAUGCGCGCUGUGAUAUAUCGAAAAGAGGAGCCCGAGAAUAUUAUUGCCAUGUACAAAUUAUUGUCUAUGCGUGCGUGCGCGAGAAUAUUGCCAUGUACAAAUUAUUGUCUAUGCGUGCGUGCGCGUGCGUGUAUGCUAUGUACAAAUGAGAGGAGA